AUGCUUCACCGUAGGGACCAACCUUCCUACCUUGGCUGCUUUAUCGAACACCCCUACAAUCCAGAUCUCACGGGCGAGCCUCCACUGAUCAUCACCCGUGCAGAGGCAUGCUUCUCUCACUGCAGCAUUGGCACCUGGUCCUAUGCAGCCAUCCGCAAUCGGACCAUCUGCACCUGUGGUGACGCCUAUAAUAACUACGGUGCCGCGCCCGCCUCUGCAUGCUCAACGCCCUGCUCCGAGAAACAAAGCACCUUUGACGACUGUGGUGGACCAGAGGCGAACAGCAUUUAUGGUGUGCAACUCACCAUCCCUAAGGUCCCCUUCCCCACGCCCUCAAUCAACUCCGGUAUAUACCCGACACCACCAACCCAUCCUGAUGGGAAUCGCUCUCCAAAUGAUUACGAAGGCGUUGAUGAUCAGGGUUCUAAGAGUUCGCGGGCAGCACUAAUUUCAAGCGCAGUGAUAGCAGUAGCCGUACUAGCGCUCGGGCUUAUGUCGCUGAUGGUGUACCGCAAACGGAAGAACAGGACUUCACUGUCAUUGCUGGGACAUAACGGAAAGGACGACAGAUGUAUGGAUGACAAGGCGCGAGCGACGACGGGACAUAGUUGGUUUAUGAUGGGAGGUAGUAACAGGAGGAACGAUUGUGACGACGAAGCUGACCAACCGUACGGCAGCAGCUAUCGAGCAGGACAGUAUCAUUCGAAGAGAGCCCCUGGUGCUCCAGGAGAUAUGGAGGCACAGCUGUUCGAAGGGUUUGAGUCGUCGGUUAUUAUGGAGGAUCAUCAAGGGGGUACCAAAGACGGAAGUAGCAAUCGGCACCAGGACGGACGACAAUCUAUCGAGACUACUAGCAGUGCAGGAAGUAGGAUAUUUUCGCAUACCACACAUCAUUCAGUGCCUCAGCAAUCGUCAUCUGAAUCUGCACCGGUCUCUGCAAUGACAGCACCGGACGACUCUCAGAAGCCAUUAUCGACAUUCACCUCGAAGAUAGGGUCAAAAUUGGGCCAUUUGCGAGUGAAGACGCUUCAUCUUCAGCCGCCCCAUCCCACAUCCACAUCUUCAGCCACAUCCCAGGGAGGCCUGCCUGUUAUGCCGAUCUCGCCAGUUUCGCCCAUCUCGCCUAUCUCCCCUGCGUCUGCAUCCUCGACAACAUCCACAAUGUCAAUGGGCGGAUCUAGUUCUUCGCAGGCCCCAGGAGCAGGGCUCGAUCAGUAUGACACAAUGUUGCGCAUCAUGGACAAUAGUGGCAACAAGACUAGUAGAGAUCCUGCAAGCGCCACGCCCUCCUUCUCACUCGCUUCGGCACCCAUCCCUGGUCCAGCCUCGAAUCGUCAGGGUUGCUCGUCCACAACACCAUCAAAUGUGGUUUCAGCAAUGCCCUCACUUGAGCGGUUUCAGUCCGCGACAUCCUCGUUGCCACCACGAUUUUCUCAGGACUACCAGGACAGGGAUCUGUAUGAACCACUCCCAUCGCCCAUUUCCCCAUCGGUUCAGUACGGAUCUUUACCACCGUUGCCGCACGGGGACUCUGUCCUUGAAGAUAAGGAGAUGGCUCUCAUGGCACAGUACCAACCACAUCAUUGUCGCCAGCAACAGCAACAACAACAACAACAGCAGCACCAUGCAGCUGUCGCCUCAGCUGCGCAAUCGACUACAGCAUCGACGCAGCAGCAGUACAGCAACCAUCAAGUCCACACCACAGGCUGGACAUGCCACAGACCCUUCAAAAUUGUCAGGCAAGCUUCCGCCACCAAUACCACAGCCAUCGUCAAUGUCUACUUCUGGACCUGCAUUAGGAUCCGGAUCAGCUGCAGGGACGAGUGA